AUGGCUGCACUGGAAAAGACGCGAACGGUAUUCCAGCUCGACAACAUCGGGUCGUGGUUCGAGAACAUUGCCGUCCGCGCAAACGGUAGGCUCCUCGCCACCCGUAUCGACUUGCCCCAGCUCUGGGAAAUCGACCCAGCCAGCGGCGACGGCGCGGCCGUCGUGACGUGGCCCGCCCCCAUCACUAGCGUCACGGGCAUCACCGAGCUGACCCCGGACAUCUUCGCCGUCGCCGUCGGGCAGUACGAUGGCCUCGCCAAGGCAACGAUCCCGGGCACGUACGAGAUCCACACCGUCGACUUCGGUUCUCCGAGCGGGCCGUACACGCCGCGAUUGGUGACCGCCAUACCCGAGGGUGGGCUCAUCAACGGCAUCACGAAGGCCGACGGCGCAGGCACGGUCGUGUUGGCAGCCGACUCCGAGUACGGCGUCUUGUACAGGGUCGACGUGGCCGCCAAGUCGUACGACCGCCUCAUGGCCGACGAGCUGAUGCGCGCCCCGGAGGGCGCGAUGCUGUCGCUGGGCAUUAACGGCGUCAAGGUGCGCGGCGGCUACAUCUACUUUUCCAACUCGAUGCGCAACACGCUCUAUCGUGUGCCUGUCGAGUCCGAGUCCGCGUCGUUCCGACCGACGGGGCCUAUCGAGCCCGUGGCAAGCGGGUUCAUGCAGGAUGAUUUUUGUCUUGACGAGGACGGGACCGCAUACGUGACGACGCAUCCGAUGAAUACCGUGGUGAAAGUGGCUGCUGGGUCGAGCGAGGGAGAGGUUAUUGCGGGGAACCUGGAGUCCCUGGAACUCGCGGGCAGUACGGCGUGUGCUUUUGGGCGGGGUUCCAACGACAAGAGGACGCUUUAUGUUUCGUGCGCUGGCGCGCUCGCCGCGCCUGUGAAGGGUGAGCAGGUGGAGCCGGCCAAGAUCGUGGCUAUUGAUCUUUCGUAA